UGCAGAAUUCAGCAAUCUUCAACUGGAUUUACAACUGGCUCAAUGCCCCUGAAAAAAACAACCGCUGCCACAACAUUCACUGGUCAUUCUAUCAAACUCACAAGAAAUUGUUUGGGAAGGAAGAAAACAGGCUCCCAGCCGAGGGACCACUCUGCAGAUAUGGCCGGAUCAAGGAAGCUCGCUUAAGACCCGCCACUGCUCGUUCACCCCUCCCUAAUCUCGUCAUUGUUCUGUACAGUGGCGGAACAGAAUGGAGCUCUUCAUUUACACAACUUUCUGCGGAUUUUUAGCGUCCACAGGGCUCGGCUUUCAAAUCCAGUGUUACCAAUGUGAAGAAUUCCGAUUAAACGACGAUUGUUCGUCCCCGGAGUUUAUAGCAAACUGUACAGUCAACGUGCAAGACAUGUGUCUGAAAGAAGUCAUUGUCAAAAGUGACGGAGUCAUGUAUCGGAAGUCUUGCGCUGCUUCUACAUCUUGCCUCAUUACAUCAGCAGGCUAUCAGUCAUUUUGUUCUCCAGGAAAGGUGGGAUCUGUGUGCAUCAGCUGUUGCAACACUCCACUCUGUAAUGGACCCCGUCCCAGAAGAAGAGGAAGCUCAGCGAUGUCUUCAAGAGCAAGCCUAAAACUUUUAGCUGCAGUUGGAAUACUCACAUCAGCAAUUCUUCCAACAUAAACAUAUAAAAUGAAGGAAACUCAAGUGUCAUUAUUGAUGUAGGAGUCUUGACAUUUCCUACCUUGCUUUGCUGUCCACAUUUCA